AUGUAUAUUUUAUAUAAAAAUAUCUAUUCAUAUUUAAGAGAGGAAAGUAAAUAAUUUUUAAAAGCAAGAUUAAGAAAGAAUUUUUGCAAAUAAUAUGAUUAAACUACUUUAAUUUUCGAAGAGUUUUACAAAACAGAAUAUAUCAUUCGAAUAUUGAAUCUGUAAAUGAUCAAGUUGUUAGAAGAUAAAUGUGCUUUAUACAAUCAAUUGAUCAACGAAUAAGUUUUGUAAAAUGAAAUUUUUGAUAGAUGUUGUAAGAUUUCACUUCAACUUUGUUAAAUUGAGAAAAACAUUAAUCAAAUAUAUUAAAAAAAUCCAUGUAAGAAAUAAUAAUUUUUAAGUUAGCCAUAAGUAUUUUAAAUUUAAAAGUAUUUUAUCAAGCAGAAAUCUUAAGAAAUUAUGCACAAGCCAGCAGGGAGCAUUCAAUUAUCUAUGAAUUGGAAUCAUAAUAUAAAUAAACUAGUAUUGUACUUUUAGCAAAAUAAAAUAAAGUAGCAUUUUUGAUUACAAAAUUAGGAGAUUGUUCAUAUAAUAUUAAAAUAGAAAGAGCAUCAAGCAAUGCCAUAUCAUUUUUUCAAAAUGAAUUACCUUAAUAUAUAGAGCCCUUAAUUCCUUAAGGCAUAAGAGAUUAUCAUGGGCAGAAUCUACAUGAUUUUUUUUAAACUGGUUCAUCCCCUAGAUAUAAGCAAAAUGCUAGAUUAUUCAUUCUUCAAAAUAACUACAUUCAGAUAGCUGAAUCAUAUUUAGAUUCUUACAAUAGUUUAUCUGAAUUACGAUUUAUUAAUAUAAUUUUAGAACUCAAAGAUAUCAAGGGAUAUAUGAUACUUAAUAACUAAACCCAAGUGGUUGGGAUAAAUAAACAAUUUUUAGACCUAUUAAAUUUUUCAAAACAACAAAUUGAUUACUUUUAGCCUGACGAAAUGAUAUAUGGGCUGGAUAUCAGAUUCUUAAUUCCUCAAUUUUCAAUAUUGAUGGAAGAGAAUAAAACAGUGUCUUUGAUUGAGUUUUAUUUUAUAAAGUAGUGUUAUAUUUUUGAUUUGACAAAGCAUACAAUGACAGACAGGUUUACAAAUAUGAAUCUUUUAGAUAGAUUUGAAUCUUAGAUUGAAAUAUAAUCUAAAUAUCACAAUGGUUAAUUAUCAUAUAUGAUAAUAUCCUUUGAUUACUUGAAGAAGCAGAAUAUCACUUCAUUAUUAUCAAAUUUUGUAGAAUGUUCGACAAAAUCCAAUCAAAAGAUUGAUCUAUAAUAAAGACUUUUAGAAGGGAUAAAGAUAGAUUCUCCUUAUGAUUUUGAUGAUUCCAAAAAUCUAGAUAUACAACAAGAAAUAACAUAUUAAUAGAUUAAUUCUCCUCAAGAAAAAUCAUCAACAUACGAAUUAUUAUUUUAACAAAAAUUUUAUAAUCGGUAUAAUGAUUUAUCUGGUGGGAGUGAUGAUGUUUCAAUAAUGAAGAAGAACUUUUCUAAAUAAGUCAGUAUGCCUUAGUUUUAUUCGGAUAAUCACAAGCGCAAAAACUCUGUUUAGGAUGUAUGCACUCCAUCAAAGAAAAAAGAAAAAUAUGAUUCUAAUUUUUAGGAUAAGGUAGAGUUUAUAGAUAAAAUGGGAUAGAAAAAAAUUAAAAACAUAUUUGUUAAAUUGGCUAUCUUUUUUUUAGUUGUCUCCUCAUUAUUAGGAAUAGUAUCCUUAUUGCUUCAAACAUUCUUAAUAUAAAAUAAUUUUAACAACUAUAUUACGGAUGUGGAAUAAUUGUCAAUAAAAAAUGACAUAUUACAACCUAUGUUAAGUUUCUUUAUUUUGAGAUUUAUCAUAUAUGACAAAACUAAUCUCUUACAUUAGAAUUUAAUAACCUAAGAAGAAUACCUGAAUGAAAUUGAUUUUGCAAAAUAGUAUUUAAAUAAGGAAUUUGAUCAUUUUCAUUCUCAUAUUUAGGAAUUAUUUGAGUCCAAGUUAUUAUAAGAUUUGCUUUAUGAUCAUUAUUAUAAUGUGAUAUAUUUAUCGGAUGACUCCUCAUACAAAUAUGAAAAUUUUAGUGCUAGAACCUUUUUUAUAAAAUAUUUUGAUUAUCAGUAAUUCAUCUUUGCAAUAUAUUCUAAUAAUGAACUUCCUAAAAUUACUACUCCAGUCACUUUUUAGAUGCUGAAUUAAUAAUUAUUGUUUGAUAUUUGCUCAUAUUUAAGCGAUCAAGUUUAUAAUAAUACAAUAACUAGAAACUCUAAACAAAUCAAUGACUAAAUAAUUGUAAUCGCAUGUUUUUUAAGUGUGAAUUUUAUUUGUUUAUUAAUGUCGAAUUACUAUUAUAGAAAAUUUGCAAAUUAAAGGUAAAUCUUUGGAAGUAUGAUGUUCAAUCUUGAAAAAGGUGCAUUAGAAUCUGAAUUAUUAAAUUUGGAUUUUUUAAUGAACCAAAUCGAAAAUCAUAACAUUACUUAAUUUUACACAUUUAAUGAAAAAUACAAAGAAAUUGAAAUUAAAGCAUUAAAUUAAAAGUCAAAAACCCAUUAUUAGAGUUAAUAAAAAUAGAUCCACAAAAAGGCUCGAGUAGACACAACUAAAUUCUUAAUUUUCAUCUAUACAAUGUUUAUUGGCUUUUUGACUGUAAAUUUAACUAACACUCUUAUAUUAUCUGAAUUUAUAAAAAAAUAUAAACCAACAGCUACAAUGCAUAAAAACACCUCAGAUUUAUGUUUGAAUAUCGCAUUAAUUUAUUCUUAAAAAGAAUAACUGAACAAUCAAGUUUUCUUUUCAUAUUUAAAAAACUCCGAUUUUUAGACAAUGGUUUAUUAGCUGAAUUAAUCAUCUUUAUAAAUAAAAUAAUAUUAAUAAGAAUUAUUGAAAGUAGAUCUACAGAAUUUACUCUUUAAUUCUGACUUUGUAUCUUACUUUCUAAAAUAAGAAACCAAAGAUUUGUGUCCACUAAUAAAUACAGUAUUAAAUUAUCAUAUCAUAGAAUAAUGAUUAAUAAAUCCAAAAAAUUUGUCUAAACUCAUUUGAAGGAUCCUUUCUAUUAGGAAUUUCAGCUGUUUUGAACCAUGUUUCUAAAAUAGUUACAUAAGAAUUAAUUGGUUAAGAAUUCUCUCAACGUGAGCCUAUAAAUACAUUAGAAGUGGAAGGAGCAUAUCUGUUUGUCGAAUACUUAUAACGAGCAUCUGAUAUGGCAAUGUAAGACUUUUCUGAAUAAGUUUUACAAUAAAAAUCCAUUCUAGAAGUAUAAUUUGAUAUAAAUAGACAAUACUUAUUUCAUCAAUUUCCUUUAGUUUAGUUUUAGUAGCUAUUAUAUUGAGCGCAUUAGAAACUAAUUUAAAAUUAAAGCUAAGAUAUGCUGUUAAAUUUAUACAUUUAAUACCAAGAGAAAUCUUGUUUUUAGACAAUGCUUUUGAGAGGAAAGCUAGAGUGGCGAUUUUAAAGGAUUAGAAUUUAUGA